CAAUAUGGCGUGAAAGAAAACGUCACAAAUGGUAAAUUUGCUCUCUAUACAGUGUACAUAGUUUAUGGUCACGUUGUGCGUCUGAGGAGGCACUGUCAUUGGAGUGGAUGUCGGUAGUGAUGUGGAACUUUGCAACGGUGAAAAUAUGACGAAAAUAAAUACGUUCACGAAUGUUUCGUUUUUGUGUGUCGCAAUUCUCCUCUGUGCAAUAUCGCAAUGUCUAGCCGCCCUAUCUGACAAACAAUUAUGUUACGACCCAAAUUGUUCGGAACUCGUUUCGAUGGCCAGGACUAUUAUUGCUUAUAGUGCAAACGAUCAUGAGGUAAUGUCGUUUGGUAUCAAUGCAGAUGUCAAAGUUUUUAGUAAAGGCGCUGGGAAACGGACAGAUUUAUGGGGUGUCGAGAUAAACGGUAAGCGUGGAUUUGCACCCAAAUCAUUCCUAAAGGAAUACAAAGUCUUAAAACGUGACUUGUUGUACGAAGUGCCUGUUUAUAAAUAUAAUAGUAAAAUUAAUAAACUUCAGUCAGAGAAACUUGAGUCGACAAAGCAAGAAAAAGAUGAAUUGGAUACGUUGGAAGAUGAAUCUUCUAAAGAUGAUAAUGAGAUAGAUUUGAAGUCUAUAGAUGAAAGUCCCUCAGAGAAAUCUCAUGCGAUUAAUGUAGAUAGUAUAUCGCCUUCAUAUGAAGUAAUAGAUGGUACCACAGUUUAUUUGGAUAGCAAUCCAUCUGUACAACCUAGCUUUGUAUCUGAGGCUACACAUGCUACUGCAUUGCCGAAUGAAGUUUCAAUGACUUCUGAUUCUGAAAUUAAUAUUGAAAAAUUAUCUGACAAGAAUACAAGUAUUGACAAUGAAUUACAGCCAAACACAAGCGAUCUUACUGAUAAACUUGAAAAAAUUAAAUUGUCAGUAGAUACACAGAAACAAACAAGCUCCAACAUAUUGCUAGAGAAAUCAGAAGCAAUAAUCAGUUCAAACAGUGAAGACGUUUCAAAGUUGAAUGGAAACAUAAAAUCCGAAGAUAAACUUGAAAAUAUAGAAAAAUUGGAUAGCAGUAUGGAGGAGAAAGUUGAAGAUGAAAAGAAAGAGAAAGUUACCGAACAUGUUGAAAGUGAUGGUAUAUUUGCCUCUCUUACGAAAACAUUUAAAAUGUUGUCCAACUCGGAAGAAACUAUAAUGACAGAGAGCACUAUUACUCAAAGUAGCGAUGAUACAACUGUUUCCGAAGCUGUUGACAUUAAGGAUAACAUAAUUGAAAAUGUUCUUCCAUUCAUCCAAAUAAAUUUGGAGUCACACAUAAAUCCAAAUCUUGUAGAUAUAGAAAAAGUAGAAAUGCAGGAAGAAGUUGUACAUGAGAAUGUUGAGAGCGUAAAAAAUGCAGAUGAAGAGGGGAAAGAAGCCUCCAUAAUUCGUUCAGAAAACGCUAUAUCUUCUAGUGACGUGCCUUCAUCCAAUAAUUUUGUACAUGAAAAUGCUGAUAAACCUGCCAAAGAAUUGCCAACAUCAUUUCUGGUUUCAACAGAUGAUAGUUCUGCUUCUGCAAAAGUUGACAUUGAAAGUCAUGUUGAAAAUAUUCAAAUACAAGAUACAAGCAAAAUAGAGAAAGUUACAGAAAAUAUAAACACUGAUAACAAAAUUGCUUCUUAUAAAGAUGAAUCAACAGUUUCAUCUAAUCAAGAAACUGCGACCACACAGACCAUCACUAUUUCAAGCAAUGAUGAUAUCGAGCAAAGAUUAUCGGAAAGUGAUGAAACAGUAGAAAAUACAAAGAAGAAUGACUACAAAGAAACAAUUGCCCAAACUGAAAUCUUAUCUCCUAAUAAAAUUUUAGAAACUGUUGAUUUACUAUCUGUUAAGGAAACAGAGAAUGUUACGACAGAAUCAUUCCAUGAGAGUCACUUUGAUGAUGAAAAAAUAGCAAUUACAAAAGAGGCAUUAAAUCAUAGCGCUGCAGAUAUUCAAUUUAAUAAAGAAUCAAUUGUACAUAGUAAUGUAAAUAAGAAUAAUUAUUUAGUCAAUGAUACUAGCUCAGACAAUGUUCAAAAAACUAACGAAUACUCGAACAGUGUAAAAUCUAGCAAUCUUGGGUCGGAACAAUCUAUAGAUUCUAGUCAAAAGAGUACGAUCUCGGAGCAAACAAUGAGUCUUAAUGAAAUUCUCAAGAAAUCAGUUUUGCCAAACGUUCAUGAGAAUUCGAAACAUGUCAAAAAACAACUUGACAAUUCUAUAAAGGAGGAAGGAACCUUACCUGAAUAUGAUGAUCACAUAAGCAGUGAAGACAAAGUUUUGCAUAAAGACGAAGAUGAAAAUAAUAAUUUGGAAAAACCAGAAUCAACUGUACUAGAUGAAGUAGAAAUUCUACAGAUAAAAUUUUGUUCGGUUGAUCAUGAAUGUGAAGUUCAAACAACAACUGAGUUUCUGGAUCAAAAGAAAGAUUUUGAAAAUGGAGAAGAUAAUAUGGUUGAAACAACAAAAUUGGAUUAUUACUGGAAAACACUGAUAUAUCUUUGCGUAACAGCCGUUGCAACACUUAUAUUUACUCUUGGAUAUUAUUAUAUUGAGAAUACAAGAAGAGAUGGACAACUUAUAGCAAGAAUUAAUGAACUUGAGAAAUUAUUAGUCUCAACAAAAGAAUGUGAAGUACUCAGUGAGAAUCUUAAAUCUAUUAAAGACAAGUUGUGUUACAUAGAAGAUGAAUCAUUUGGUUCUAACGAAAUGGUUGUAUCGCUAAAAGCUGAUUUAGAAAUGUCCCAGAACGCAAAAGCCGAAUUGGAAGAUCAAGUGGCUAUGUUGGAGAGAGAUUUGGAAAAUGCGACAGAAGCUGGUUUAGAACUCGAGCGUAUGCUAAGAGAAGUUUUGUCAUCAAACAAUGAAGUUAAUCCGCUAGCUCAAUCAGUGGAAGAUCUACAAGCACGAUUAAACGCUCAACAAGCCGCGAACGAAUCCUUAACGAACGCGUUGAAUCUUAAAACUCAAGAGAUUGAAACUUUAUCAAUCGAUCUUGUUUCUAUUAAGAAAAAAUGUGAGGAAUUUGAAGUAGAAUAUUUGCGAAUACAGGAUGAAUUGGCGGCAGAAAGAGACCUUAAGAAUAAUAUAGAACAAACGCUAACAGAUAAAAUACACGGUUUGAAAGAACAAAUAGAUGAGUUGUCUUCUGAAAAAUCGUCGUUGUAUAAGGAAUUGAGAGGAAAAGAAAUAGAAGUGAAAGAAUUAUUAGAAGUUAUGAACCAAAUCAAAUCGAAUAAUUUGGAUUUGGAAAAAUUGUAUGAUGUAUCUCAUGUUAAAAUUGAGGCAGUACAAUUACGUGAAGAAAGAGACGAAUUAAAGGCGCGAUUAAGUGAUGUUGAAGGUGCUCAUCAAUUAUUAGAAGAACAUAUGAAAUUUGUUAAGGAAGAGAUAACUGCGUUAAGUGAUCAAUGUAAAAUAGCUGAAAGAAAAAAAGAUGCAGAAACACGACUUGAAGUGUUAUCAAAGUUUUUCCAAGAAAAAGAAACCGAACGCCAAAAGGAAGAGGCCAUUUGGUUGCAGAAACAAGGAGAAGUUGUAUCAACAGUCGAAAGGCUACACACAAUGCAAAAUGAAAUACAAAAUUAUAAGCAACAAAUAGAAAUGUUAAAACGAGAGAUUAUAGAUCAGGAGAGAGAAUACAAAAAUCAAAUAUCCGCUCUAGAAACGAAAGCACAUGAGCAAUGGGUUGCUGCCCGACAAAAUGAGCGCCGUUUGGAAGAAUCGAAAGCUGAAGCCAGUCAAUUACGUAAUCGUCUUACACUCGUAGAGAAAAACUUAAAUGACACCGAUCCCGAAGCAAAGCUACAUCGCCUGGAAACGAAUGGAGAAACGGCAACUUCGCCGCCACUGUUCAUAGGAGCAGAAUCAUCCAAUUCUCCCGUAAUGUUUAGCGGUUCCUCAGGAAUCCCACCACCCCCGCCACCCUCCUAUUUGCAUUGUUUCCCGCCGUAUUUGCCGCCUUUGCCACCCGCCGCUGCUUCUGGUCUACCUCUGUAUGAUAUCAGUCAACGUCCUCCGCCUCUCGGCGGCAGAUUGUCAUCACCUCCACCGAUGCUGCCGCCGCCACCGCCGGCGUUACAUCGUCCCCCCGUUUCCGGGGGUAGGUACGAGAACGCCGGUUCCCCACCACCACCUAUGUCUCCGCCACAUUUACUUCCACCAUUUGAUCAUCAUAGAUCGCCACCGCCUCCGUUCGGUAGCGAUCACAUCCCACCCCUUCCUCCACCUGGCUCUAUGUUACCUCCACCCCUCGGAACGACGCAUCCCUGGGGUGAAGAAUCACUGCCGCAUCCGCGCAAUUCUGGUUUCCAUCCUCAUCAACGAGAGCAACGUGUGCGCAAUCAUAAAGGUUCCUUACAUUCUUCGGGAGAAUCACUGGAUAAGGCGCAUCAUGGAAAAGUCUAAGUUUUAUAUCUUGUUAUUCAACAUCGUUGUACAAAGGCCAAAUCACUGUAUCAGUGACAAUUCUCAUUGUAUUACACUUAUAAAUAAAUAUGUAAUGAUGAUGAAAAC